CGGCCGCUCAAACAUAUCACCUGGCGGCGAGCUAGGGUUUCUGCUUUCCGUUUUCGCCGCCGCCGCCGCCGCUGCCGUCGACCGUCGCGCCGUCGGUUUUUUUUCUCUACAUCGUGGUUGGUCAUCGUUAUUUUUUUUGCUUUCUUGUGUAGAUAAGAAUUUCUCUGUGGUUACCCCGUUGCGACAUAGGAAUUUUCCGGUCGCCCCUUGAGAUACUAGGAUUUUUUCUGUUCUUGUUUUUCUUCUCGUGAUUGAGAGCUUGGUGGACUGUGAUGAAAAACGCAAUGAAAACACACCAUCUUUCGGGGCUGAUCGGCUCGUUACGAGCCAUGCUGCCAACUCUGCAAUUCUGAUGUCCCCAUGACAGCCAGCAGAUCUUUCGCGUCUCUUUUUUUUCGUCUAGAGGAUUUGUGCUUCUCCAUGAGUUAUGAUUUUUUUUUUGUUUUGCAACGAGAUUAUACACUUAUGCUGCAUUGUAGAGGGUGGAUUUGAGUAUCUGAUGAUGGCCGGUGAUGAAACUCUGCAAUAAAAUACACCAUCUUUCGGGGCUGAUUGGCUCUCUGAGCCAUGCUGUCACACUGCAAUUAAUUCUGAGGCCAAACAGAGAAACCACUUUUGAGUCUGAUACUCUGCAUUUGUGAUGAUUUUUGGCAGGAAAACUUAUAGUAAUUAUUUUUGUUAAUAUUGACAAUUUUAUAACAAUCAGAUCACACUAGGAAUGGGAGCAGUUGCCGAAAAAUUAAUUGUGAGGCCAAACAGAGAAACAAGCAGUUUCCAAAACUGAAGCCAUUCUUGCCGCCACCGCCAGUCAAAUGUGUGAAGAUGAAUGAUGCUCUCAGGUUUCAAACAACCAAUCUGAAGACGAAUGAAACUACCAAUCUAAACACGGAUGAAACUGCAUCCCAUUUGAAGAUGAACGGAAAAAAACGAGUCUUAGCUGAAGAUGAAUGAUGCUCUCAGGGUUCAAUCAACCAAUCUGAAGACGAAUGAAACUAAACUGCAUCCCAUUUGAAGAUGAACGGAAAAAAACGAGUCUUAGCUGGCAGCCUUAGUUGAACUAACAAUUAGUUAGGUGAUGCACAAAUAACCGGCUAUGUGAACAGUGCUCACUUGAGCAGUGUUGGAAUUGUUCUUUGUCGCAACAAAUCAGCAUAUAUCUUCAGCGUCAUAUCAGCCGUAGAAAUGAUCAACCGAAAAGGGCUGCUUCUACUUUUGAAGACUGAUGCUCUCCGCGCUUCUCGUGGAUGAGGCCCAAAUCCCCAAUGAGAAGUGACAUAGCCCACGACUACUCGGCCCACGGUCCACAUCCUGCCAACACGCGGGCCCCGUUGUCCGACACGUGGAUGAAUUAGAUUUUAAUUUUAAUAAAAAAAGUUUUAAACCGCGGCUGCUCAAAAAUUUGAACCAGAUUUUGUUAAAUAACGAAACUAUAAGAAUCCGGCUUCCCCUCUCGUCGCGUCUUCCGCUUCCGCUCGCCGACCACCACCUCCACCUCGCCUCGCCUUGACGUCUCCUUCCUCUCUCUCGCCAAGCAAAGGUCACCGCCGCCGGGACCUUUAUCACGCACGCCCGCUACUGGCGCGGGACCUCUCCCUUCCCUUCCCUCGCCUCCAACCUUCAAGCCUCCUCCCCGGCCACAGGAGAACCCGUUGCCGUUGCAGCCGUAAGGGGGGCGAUCGCGCUUGGUGUUUGGCGCUCCGCUGUGAGCCUGACCAGGGGGCGGCUGCGGCGUCGCAGAGAUGGGGUGUGCCCCGGCGAUGUGGGCCGCGCUGUGGCUGCUUGCUGCUGCGGUGGCGGCAGGGGUUGCCGAUCCCGGCGGCCUUGAGCGCGCGUUUCCAAUAGUGGAGCCAGACUAUGGGCAUACGAAACUUCGUCUCGCAAAAGAAGGUUUGGAAGCAAUUCAAAGGAUCAGAACUCCAAUCGCUGCUGUCUCUGUUAUUGGUCCCUAUCGGUCUGGAAAAUCUUUUCUUCUCAACCAACUUCUCUCUCUAUCAUGUGACAAAGGUUUUGGAGUUGGACACAUGCGGGAUACCAAAACAAAAGGUAUAUGGGUAUGGGGUUCCCCUGUUGAGGUGGAUAUUGGUGGCUCCAAAGUGUCUGUCCUAUACCUGGACACUGAAGGAUUUGAGAGUGUUGGAAAAUCAAAUGUAUAUGAUGAUAGGAUAUUUGCUCUGGCAACUGUUUUAAGUUCUGUUCUGAUCUACAAUCUUCCUGAAACAAUUCGUGAAGCUGAUAUAUCUAGGCUUUCAUUUGCUGUCGAAAUUGCUGAAGAAUUCUAUGGAAGAGUCAAGGGGCAAGAUGUUGCUUUUGAGCCAGCAAAACUUCUGUGGUUGAUCCAGAGAGAUUUCCUCCAAGGAAAAUCUGUUCAGCAGAUGGUUGAUGAAGCUCUGCUACGGGUACCUAACAACAACGGAGACAAAAAUAUUGAUGAGCUCAACCAAAUCAGAGACUCUUUGGCGGUUAUGGGAGAUAACAGUACAGCUUUUAGCUUACCACAGCCUCAUUUGCAAAGGACAAAGUUAUGUGAUAUGGAGGACCAAGAACUUGAUCCAUUGUAUGUAAAGAAGAGGGAUCAAUUGAAAGAAGUUGUUGCAUCCAUGAUAAAACCAAAAAUUGUGCAGGGUAGAAUUCUGAAUGGGACAGAGUUUGUAUCCUUCCUAGGGCAGAUACUUGAGGCUUUGAAUAAAGGUGAAAUUCCAUCAACCGGAUCGCUUGUUGAAAUUUUCAAUAAGGCCAUUCUUGAACGUUGCUUGAAGGUGUACAAUGAAAGAAUGGGCAGAGCAGGUCUACCAGUGUCAGUGGAUAAACUUCAGCAGUUCCAUGACCUGGCAAAAGAUGAAGCUAAAAGGCUUUUCGACAAGCAGCAUUUCGGUAAACAUCAUGCUGCUCAGUCCAUCUUCAAGCUUGAUGAAGAGAUUAAAAAGGUCUACAGAAACUUCGGUCAAGCUAAUGAGUAUCAGUCAUCAAAGCUGUGCGAAGCACGGUUCUCAGAGUGUGAAGAUAAAAUGGAACACCUUCAAGUCUUGAAGCUUCCAUCCAUGGCAAAAUUUGAUGCCGGAUUUCUUCUCUGCAAUCAAAGCUUUGAAAUGGAUUGCGUGGGGCCAGCCAAGGAAAGCUAUCAACGCCGAAUGUCAAAGAUGCUGGCAAGGUCCCGAGCUCUUUUCAUCAAGGAGUACAACAACAAACUCUUCAACUGGCUGGUCAUAUUCUCCCUGGUCAUGGUUGUCAUUGGACGCUUCUUGAUCAAGUUCUUCCUGCUUGAAAUCGCUGCGUGGGUGAUGUUUGCCUUCCUGGAGACAUACACGAGGCUGUUUUGGUCAUCAGAGUCCCUGUACUACAACCCCGUCUGGCACAUGAUCGUCUCUUCGUGGGAAACCAUCGUCUACAGCCCUGUUCUUGAUCUUGACAGAUGGGCAUUCCCAAUCGGUGCAGUUCUGUUUUUUCUGGCAUUUUAUUGGCGUUGCCUUGGUGGAAGGAGAGGAAUUGCCCGGUCACUGCUACCUCUGUAUAACGGGUCUUACAGAAGCUCCAGUCGUACAAGAACAGACUGAUCCCUCAAACUACAUGCACAAACACACCAUUAGCAUGCACACAAUUGUACAUAAUCCAUAUGUUGGUGGCCAUGAUUAUCCAUGAACUUCUGCUGUAAAUAUGAAACCCAAAUAGAGUGAUUAUCUAUGCUCAAACCGCAAAGGUCUAUCAUGCUCAUUUCCAACAACUGCAUUCUUCA